GCUGACUUCUCCUUCUCACUUGAGAGCAAGAUUCAAUCUGUUGAAUAUUUGUCUCUGCAGACGACAAGACGAGGAGGAGGAGGAGGAAGAGGCCGAUUCAGCUGCGGACACUGAAGGAACCAAGGGGUCUCAGUAAGGGACCCAGCGUUCAUCAAUCAGCUACUGACAGAUAUGGCGACCAUUGUGAUGGAGAAAAUCGGGCGAGUGUUCAUCACCCUGCAGCAGAUCAGGGAGGUUCCCCGGAUGCUGACUGAGGCUGCACCCUCCAUGCCCGGCACCAUAAGAGACAUCGAUGUUCCCCACUACUUCAGGGAGCGUUACAUCGGCACCGGCUACAGACCACUCAACCAGAACUGGCGUUACUACUUCCUGUCUUUAUUCCAGCGCCACAAUGAGACCAUCAACGUCUGGACUCACCUGCUGGCGUUUUUAGUUAUUCUGAUUAAACUGCGACAGCUCACUGAGACUGUGGACUUUGUAGGUGAUCCGCAUUCGUGGCCCCUGAUGAUCCUUAUCCUGUCCUCCUUGACCUACUCGGCGUGCAGUGUAAUCGCUCACCUGCUGGGUGGAAAGUCUGAGCUCUGUCACUACACCUUCUUCUAUCUGGACUAUGUAGGAGUAGCACAGUAUCAGUACGGCAGUGCGGUAGUUCACUUUUACUAUGCUGUGGAUGAGGGCUUGCACAGAUACAUGCAUGGGAUCUUCAUGCCCGUCGCCACCAUCCUCAACUGUCUGUCAUGCCUGGGAUGCUGCUAUGGCAAGUACUGCAACCACAACUCACCGCCGUGGGUGCGUAAGGUGUGCCAGGUGGUGCCUUCAGGACUUACCUAUAUGUGGGACAUCAGUCCUGUGGUUAAAAGACUCAUGUCAUGGUCUACAGCCAGCGAUGACCCUGCCCUUAUUUACCACUUUGGCCAGGUGGCGUUCUUUCUCAGCUGCACCUUCUUCUUCACCGUCCCUCUGCUGGAGCGCUGCUUCCCAGGGCGGUGCGAUUUUGUCGGACAGAGCCAUCAGGUGUUCCAUGUUCUACUAACGUGCUGCACCCUGUGUCAGAUCCAUGCCUCAUACCUCGACUACGUGGGCCGCAGGCAGCUGUACUCACAUCUGCAUGGGAGCAAUGAUGCCACUCUCUUUGUGGGGUUCUACGUGGUCUCUUUGGUCGUAUGUGCACUGAUAGUUACCUUCAUGCUGAGGAAAGUGAAAGAAGUGCUAGACUUGAAAAACAAGUGCAAAUAAUAGACCAGAUGUUGUAGGAACUAUAUGCAGAAGCAUUUAUGUGCCUUUCCUUCCAGACUAGGGAUAGACCGAUAUGUAUUUUUUAGGGCCGAUGCCGAUACCAAUUUUUUUCCAUCACCCUUAGCCGAUGACC